CGAGUGACUUGCGCCCGCGACUCUUUUAUAGCCAUACCCGCAGCCCGGACCCGCCAGAAGCGGACGACACUCGCGCUGAGCGGACGAACACAAAAAGUCAUAAUUAUUAUAACAAUCAUGAAGCCGCUGUGUAUCUUUUUUGUGGUCGCUAUCUCCAGCGCCAUGGCGAUGCAGAUCAGGCCUAAACGGCAGUCCACCCAGUCCGAAGACACAAACGACUUGGAAGACCGCUACGGUUGGCAGGGGCAGGGCAGACCACAGUGGAAUCAGUUUCCGGGACAGAAUCGAUUCCCUGGGCAAAACCGAUUCCCGGGACAAAACCAAUUCCCUGGACAGAACCAAUUCCCAGGACAGAACCAGUUUCCUGGACAGGGCCAAUUUCCGGGACAGGGGCAGUUCCCAGGACAAGGACAGUUCCCGGGACAGGGUCAAUUUCCGGCACAGGGACAGUUCCCUAACCAAAGCCAAAACCAGCAGUCGACUGUAUCUCCUAAUAAUGCUAAUACUGCAAGCCAGGACCAGUGCAUCAGCACGUGCCCCGUGACAGCGGAGUACAACCCAGUGUGCGGCACCAACAUGGUGCAAUACCCCAACCCGGGGCGGCUGGCGUGCGCCCAAUCGUGUGGCGUCAAUGUUUCCUUGCUGAGGUCAUCGCCGUGCCCGACGACAACUACCGCUGCACCAAGAAUGACAGGUGCCCGAUCAGGGCCUUGCCACAUCAGAGGGGAUAUGUAUUUUAAUUUUAAGUCUAUAAUUUCCAGGGCUCCGUUACCAACUCGACCAGUUACGACCAGUACGACUACCGCCCGGCCUACCACCACAGACCGGACGCUGCUAGAUCUAGUCAUCUGCAUACGAGCCUGUCCGACCACGUCGGAGUACAACCCUGUCUGCGGGACCAACAACGUCACCUACAACAACCCUGGGGCCUUGCAGUGUGCUAGGAACUGUGGGCUCAAUGUGGGAGUAGCCCGCCAGGCGCCGUGUCCGCGCGCCGUCCCCCAGAUCCCACAACCUACCACAGCCAGACCCAUCACCAAUCCAACCACCAGAACCACAGUUUCUGGGCAAACCACACGGGCCACCCCCGUCGCUAGACCAACCACAGUGAGACCCACAGCAGCACCUACUGUGAACCCUACACGGUUCACCAACAUCGAUGUCAACAGACCUAGUCCAACUCUGAUACCCCUUGACAUUUUACAGAGUGUAUUCGGUACCGCCUCGCCGACUACCAGUGAUGACGAUGAACUUGAAUUCGAUAUUGAUAAGCGAAUGAACCCCUAGAUUAGAUGAUUAAAUUACUUUA